AUGGCGAGAGACUCACUCCUCAGUGCCACGGACGACAUGACCGGCACUACUACCAGCCGCGUGCCCGAAUGUGCCAUGUGCACUGAGCCAGGCCUCCUCCAUUGCGGUGGUUGCAAGGCCAUCAACUACUGCUCCGUCGAAUGCCGUGAUGCCAGCUGGAGAUUUCACAAGAGUCUCUGCAAGACGUUCAAGGACUUCCAGUCCCCACCGAACGAGAACAUGUACCGUGCACUCUACUUCCCGCCUUCCGGACGAAAGCCAAUCUUUCGCUGGCUUUCGAAGCUCAAGAUGCCCGACAUGAAGACGGCCAAGGACAAUGACAUCGGACCUAUCAUCGACGCUUCGAGCCAUAUCAGCGCCUGUCGGAUUUUCGUCAGCAGUCUGACGGGGAAAGAAUUGAAGUGGCCGAUGACGAUGUUCUGCGACAAUGACUGGGAGGCCCGCUACCCUCUGCCCAACAAAGCCCUCCUGGAGUCCACCCAGAACCUUGUCGGUCAACGAUGGGGUGGGCCACUCGUCGUGACUGCUGGGGAGCCUGGCGGUCAGGACUUCAACAUGGUCGACUUUCAACGAUUCAUCGCCUUCGCUAUCCUCUUUGACGCCCCCAUGGGUAGCUGCACGAUGGAUUAUGUGCUCGGACCGAAGAUUCAGGCCGUCCUGAUGCCCUGUGCCGGUGAGAGACGACUGAGUGGCAUCACGUCCACCCGAUCCGCCAUGGUCCCGAGGUUGCACCUGAUGGGCAGGACGCAGGAAUACAUGUCAGCGGUCUCUGAGCACAUUGGCCUGCCACUCAUGGUUCUGGAAUACGCCACUAAGUCCAAAGCGUGGACCGAGCCUAAAGAUCUCACUAGCGACGCAAUGUACAUGCAUGUGGGCUCAGCCAAAAACUCCAGGCUGGCAUUCACCAGCAAUAACGGGGCAAUCGGAGUCUGCAACGUGCCGAAUGAUGGCAUGGGAAACAUGCUGGUUGUCCGCGCCGACGGAAAACCUCUCGAUCCGGAGACGGUGGACAUCUUCGUGGAUUUCUGCCGAACCUACCCAAUGGUCACGAUCAUGCGCGCUAAGGGCGGGAAACCAUUGGGGAGACAUACGAGGGCAAGAAGAGAGUGGAAGGCCUUGAAGGCGGAGACCGAGGCCAGCGAGGCGAUCUCCAACGGCGGUGAAGGUCAAGUGGUGGCUGAUGGCAGCGAAGUCACGCGGGCGGGCCUGACUGAUCGGGUUCUGGGUGAUCUGGCGGUCAACAUCUUCACAUGGUCAGUCUCCCUUCAAGUCUCGAACAAAGCAGUCCGAACGGCGUGUUUCCAUUGCGGCAGCGAAGCAAACACUACGUCCAAACCAACACUCGACCUUUGCCCGCAGCGGCCCAACCACAGCACGUCCACCUCGGCAUACAACCGAAUCAUGGCUUCCAACAAUACCGCAUCGAAGUGUCUCAUGUGCACUCGGCCAAGCACUUUGCGCUGCGCAGACUGCAAGGCUGUCAGCUACUGCUCGUACGAGUGCAGUGACGCCAGCUGGAGAUUCCACAAGGCGCUUUGCUCGAGCUUCAAGGAUUUUCAGACACCUCCGGCCAAGAACAUGUUUCGCGUGGUCUACCUCAUGCCCGAUGAGUCCAGCCCCAAGUUCUGCUGGCUCGACAAGGCGGACUUCCUCGAUAAACUGCGCGGAGGAGAAGGCAACAUGUACGAUCUCAUCCCCGGCGCAGAGCUCGUCCAGGAAUCGAGGGUCGAAGUCAACCAGAUCAGCGGCCAGCGUCAGGAGCGGAAGUUGACCAUGUACUACGACGAGAACUUCCUGCGCUACGCUGAGCUCAACAAGGCCGUCGUCUCCUCCACGCAAGGUCUGCUUGCUUAUGAUUGGAGAGGUCCAAUAUUCGCAUGCGCUGGCAAGCCCGGCUCAAGUGACUUCAACAUGGUCGACUUCCACCAUCUCGUCGCUUUCUUCAUCACCUUCCGCGGCAAGUUCGAGAUCAACGAAUGGCUCUCCGGUCCGAAGCUCCAGGCUGUUCUGAUGCCCUGUGAUGGUGAGACCCGUCUGGAUGCCACAGCCUCGCCUCGGUCGGUGAUGGUUCCUCGUCUCCACUACAUUUGGGAUGAGAAGCACGACAUCUCUGCCGUGUCGCAGCGCAUCGGCAUGCCUCUCUUUGCCGUCCACUGCCUCACGAAGUCCCCCAAGUGGACCGAGUCUCGCGAUCUGAUCAACUAUGCGACUUUCAUGCACACAAACGGUAUUGCAAAUCCCAAGUUCGACUGCAAGAAGGUGGACUUUUGGGCAAUUUCCAAAGUGGGAAACAUGCUCAUCGCUCGCGUCGAUCAGCAACCCCUUGAGCCGGAUGUUGCGCAGGCCUUUGCCGACUAUUGCAAGUAUCAUGUCUGCACGUCGGUGAACGCCGCAAUCAUGCAGGAUCCGACCGCUGUGGAGGAACUGGGCAGACCAAUGAAGAAUCCGCCGGAGUUUGUGAUGGCCGAGAUCACGCCAGAGAAGUGGGCCGUCUAUCUCUCGCAGUGGAAAGCACUGAAGGCACACGACCAAGCUGUGGCGGCCAACGCGAAGACCGGAAACGCAUCGGCAGUGCUGGCGGAUGGCGUGACAGCGGACACCAUCGACGGCGUCGCUCGGAUGGGUCUGACCAAGCAGGACGGUUCAAGUUGA